AAACACUCAGUGGAGUCGCGGACACUUCCGCUCGGGGACUGAGGUUGCUGCGGUUUUUCCGAGAUAGUUUGGGGCAGUUCCUCGCGUUGCGGACCCUUCUGAAUUUUCUGGACCUACGCAUUGGAUCCUCAAAGAACUGGUGAUCGAAUUAGGGGAAAAGGGGCCUCGUGGGAGAGUAGAGGUUUGGAGGGGCAAGGGCCGCUGUUUACGUUCUCGUCCGUGGCACCUUCUUGGGCUUGGGUCUGUCCUCGCGUCCCGGGGCACUGGUACUUGGUUGGGUCGCAUCUCACCUGGUUUCAGGGGUUCCGGGGCUCUGAGUUCGCCCACUCCGCCCCCUGCACCCCACGCGCGUGGCCACUUCUUCGCGAUAUAACGUUGGGGUGUUAAUCUCCUUGGGUUUCCCGUUACUGUUCUUUAAAAUGGGGACUUUGGGACCAUCCUAAUGGAAUCGUUUUGGGAACUGGAAGAGGUAACACAAAUGAGAGCCUUAAAGCAGUCCCUGUCACUUGGUGACUGGUGGACUCUUGUUAAUUUCCCACGAAGCCUGUCACGUCCCCGAGUGGGGUCAGAGCUCCAGCUGCAGGGGCCUCGGCCCUUCUCCCUGAUCCCUGCAGGACGCUGGAUGAUCCCGGAAGCCUUCUGACCUCUUUUUAGGAGAGCGAGGGUUGCGUCCACUUUCAUGAAGGGAAAGGAGCAUUUAACUUUUAUGGGGGAUGGCGACGCGGUCAGGGUGUUUCACAGCUUUCUCCUUCCCCAACCCGACCUUUCCAAAAGAGAUGCAGGGAGGGACUUCUUGGCUUCUGAGGGCAAAGCUCUACGUGAGUGGUCCUUGGCUCUUUGACCGAGAUGCUCACCCCAACCGAGAGUGUAUAUAGGUUGUGUCCUCGGGCAUGGGGGUCGAUAAUAAUUAAGUCUUAAUUAGUAACUUCAUUCUAAGGGCUUUAUACAAAUAAAUUUACGCCACACCGUGGCUCUGUGGAGAAGUAUUGCUUUUUUCUAUUUUAAAAACGAAAGUGAGACACAGAGCGCAUAGGCACCCGACUAGUGAGAGGUGGAGCUGGGGUUGGAACCUAAGCAGUCUGGGUCAGAGCCUGAUUUGAUCUUCUCUUGGGAUACGUUGUCUUUGAGGCAGAGGAACUAGUUGGACUUAGGUGGGGAAAGCAAGACUUAGGGGCUUGAAAUUUUCUGAGUUUCUAAAAAUGUCAACUAUUUUGUUUCAAUCAUUACAAAUAUUUUGUACUCUUAUAGAACCAUGUCAUUGCAGAGCAUUCUAUUUUUCUUUAUUAAGAACAAAAUGGGCCUGGCGCGGUGGCUCACGCCUGUAAUCCCAGCACUUUGGGAGGCCUAGGCGGGCGGAUCACGAGGUCAGGGGUUCGAGACCAGCCUGGCCAACAUGGUGAAACCCCCGUCUCUACUAAAAAAUAAUUAACAAAAAUUAGCUGGGCGUGGUGGUGGGCGCCUGUAAUCCCAGUUACUCGGGAGGCUGAGGCAGGAGAAUCGUUUGAAUCUGGGAGGCGGAGGUUGCAGUGAGCCGAGAUCCGCCAUUGCACUCCAGCCUGGGCGACAGUGCGAGACUCCGUCUCAAAAAAAAAAAAAAAAGAACAAAAUAUUUUUAUUACCCACGAAUCCAUGAUGUAAAGAUAGCAACUGUUAAGCUUGUAAUGUGUUUCUUUCUUUUUGUAUAUUUAUAGGUUUAUUUAUGAACAUUUAAAAAUUUUUAUUAUUUUUUUCUUAAUAUUUCCCCCUUAUGUGUUUAACUAUGGAAAUUUCCAAAUACUGACAGAGACUAAACUAGUGAAUUAUCAUGUUAUAUCACACUCAUUAAUCUCAUUAUUGUUAUUUUUCCUACGACUGUUUCCUAAAAUUAUAAAACUUUUUAUUUUCAUAUCAUUUGAAACCUAUAGAAAAGUUGCAAAAGUAGCCUAAGAAAUUCUUAUUUACUCUUUACCCACGUUUGCCAAGUGUUUGCAUUUUUCCUGUUUGUUUUGUUGAUGACCAUCAGCUGAAUACCACCAGAAACAUACCUGUAACCAGAGACAGCUGAUUAUAGCUUUCUGCAGCAAGGAAGCCCACGUACCAGGGGCUGUCUUGGUAAGAGGAAUUUAGGAAGACCUAGUAUAUGGUUUCACAUAACAUAUUAGAUAAUUUUAGAUUGUAUACCAGAUAAUGUUAUUUAUUAAAUAUUAGAUAUCUAUCCAAAGACUGCUAAUAGUAGUUUAUUGUAUUAUCUAUUAUACAGUGCUAGAUAACAUAUUACCUAACUUCAUGUUAUGUACUCUGCAGUUCUAUAUUUAAAUUUGUUCUAUUUUUCACUUAAGGUUCUUACAAGUGUCCCCUACCCAUCUGCCACCACCACCCGUGUUCACAGUCUAAUUUUAUGCAUUGCCUUUAAUUGUCACAUUUCCAUAAUCUUUAAUCUUGAGGAUUCUACACCCUUUGUCUUUCUAUGCUUGAUAUUUUUGAAGAGUAUAGGCAAGUUAUUUUGGAGAAAGGCAUUCAUUUGGAGUUGUGUCUGAUGUAAUUCGUGUGCGGGUUCAGAUUAUGCAUUGUUGGUAGGGAUACCACAGAAGUGGUGAAAUGCGGGUUCAGAUUAUGCAUUGUUGGUAGGAAUACCACAGAAGUGCUGAAAUGUCCUUUUCAUUGCAACAUAACAGGGUCCAAGUGAUGUCACUUUGUCUGUUCAUUGGUGAUCUCAACUUUGUCCACUUGGCCGAGAUGCUGUCUUUCAGAUUUCUCCACUAUAAAGUUACUUAAAAAAAUUGAAAAGAAUAAAGUUUCUUAGGAAUAGAUAACAUUAUUAGUGGGCAUUCAGCUGUAAAAUGACCUUCUCCUCCAUUUAUUCUUUGUUCAACUACAAAUAUUCUAUCAGUAUGGCCUUAGAAUUGACUCUUGUUAAGUUAAAUGACGUGUACGUUAACAAUUAUUUUUUCCAACCUAUUGUAUCAUAGAACUUACUUAUAUCAGGUGUACAUCCAGUGAUCAUUUGACAGUUUGCUGAAUGGAGUAACCAUCACCACAAUUCGGUGAUCAUUUCAUGCUCAUAUUGAUUUCCUCCUGCCUACUUAUGGUUAGACUUCAUUCUCACUCAGAUCUGAAGCAAUCACUAAUCAGUUUUCUCUAUGCAUUUUCCCACCCAGACAUUUUAUAGAAAUGGAAUCCUGCAAUAUGUAGUCCUUUGUAACUGGCUUCUUUCAUUUAGCAAUGAUAUCUCAAAGGUUCAUGUAUGUUGUAACAUGAGUCAGUACUUAAUUUCUUUAAAUUUCCAAAUAAGAUUCCGUUGUAUGGAUAGACCAUGAUUUGUCUAUUCAUUUAGCCACAGGAGGGCAUUUUGGUUGUGCUGUUUUGGGUUUUUAUGAUUAAUGCUGCUGUGAGCAUUCAUGUGCCAAUUCACAAUACACAUCCCUGUUAGUGGGUGGCAUCCCUGGCCACCUUUUCAUGUCUCUUUUUCUGCCUUUCCUGGCACUUUGCAGGCACAAUUCUGCUUUCCCACGAACUGCAUCACUCAGGACUCUGCAAGUUUCCAGAAGUAAGAGGGAAAAUGACCACGUUCAAGGAGGCAAUGACCUUCAAGGACGUGGCUGUGGUCUUCACUGAGGAAGAGCUGGGGCUACUGGACCUUGCUCAGAGGAAGCUGUAUCGAGAUGUGAUGCUGGAGAACUUCAGGAACCUGCUCUCAGUGGGACAUCAAGCAUUCCACAGGGAUACUUUCCACUUCCUAAGGGAGGAAAAGAUUUGGAUGAUGAAGACAGCAACCCAAAGGGAAGGGAAUUCAGGAGACAAGAUCCAAACUGAGAUGGAGACUGUUUCAGAAGCAGGAACAAAUCAAGAGUGGUCCUGCCAGCAAAUCUGGGAAAAAAUUGCAAGUGAUUUAACCAGGUCUCAAGACUUGGUGAUAAAUAGCUCUCAGUUCUCCAAAGAAGGUGAUUUCCCCUGCCAGACUGAGGCAGGACUAUCUGUAAUUCACACAAGACAGAAAUCUUCCCAGGGCAAUGGAUAUAAACAGUCCUUUAGUGAUGUCUCCCUCUUUGAUUUUCAUCAACAAUUACACUCAGGAGAGAAGUCUCAUACAUGUGAUGAGUGUGGAAAAAGCUUUUGUUACAUCUCAGCCCUUCGUAUUCAUCAGAGAGUCCACAUGGGAGAGAAACGCUAUAAGUGUGACGUGUGUGGUAAGGAAUUCAGUCAUAGCUCACAUCUGCAAACUCAUCAGAGAGUCCACACUGGAGAGAAACCAUUCAAAUGUGUGGAAUGUGGGAAAGGCUUCAGUCGUAGAUCAGCACUUAAUGUUCAUUGCAAAUUACACACAGGAGAGAAACCUUAUAAUUGUGAGGAAUGUGGGAAGGCCUUCAUUCAUGAUUCCCAGCUUCAAGAACAUCAGAGAAUCCAUACUGGAGAGAAGCCAUUCAAAUGUGAUGUAUGUGGUAAGAGCUUCUGUGGUAGAUCAAGACUUAAUAGGCAUUCCAUGGUUCACACGGGAGAGAAACCGUUCCGAUGUGAUACGUGUGGUAAGAGCUUUCGUCAGAGAUCAGCACUUAAUAGUCAUCACAUGAUCCACACAGGAGAGAAACCAUACAAAUGUGAGGAGUGUGGAAAAGGCUUUAUUUGUAGGCGAGAUCUUUAUACGCAUCAUAUGGUCCACACGGGAGAGAAGCCAUAUAAUUGUAAAGAGUGUGGGAAGAGCUUCAGAUGGGCCUCGUGUCUUUUAAAACAUCAGCGAGUCCACAGUGGAGAAAAACCAUUCAAAUGUGAAGAAUGUGGGAAAGGAUUUUACACAAAUUCACAAUGCUAUUCCCACCAGAGAUCCCAUAGUGGAGAAAAACCAUAUAAAUGUGUGGAGUGUGGGAAGGGCUACAAAAGGAGGUUGGAUCUUGACUUUCACCAGCGUGUCCAUACAGGAGAGAAACUGUAUAAUUGUAAGGAAUGUGGGAAGAGCUUUAGUCGGGCCCCAUGUCUUUUGAAACAUGAGAGACUCCACAGUGGAGAAAAACCAUUCCAAUGUGAAGAGUGUGGGAAGAGGUUUACUCAAAAUUCACAUCUUCAUUCCCAUCAGAGAGUUCACACUGGAGAAAAGCCAUACAAAUGUGAGAAGUGUGGAAAGGGCUACAAUAGUAAGUUUAAUCUUGAUAUGCACCAGAAGGUCCACACAGGAGAGAGACCAUACAAUUGUAAGGAAUGUGGGAAGAGUUUUGGCUGGGCCUCGUGUCUUUUGAAACAUCAGAGACUGCACAGUGGAGAAAAACCAUUCAAAUGUGAAGAGUGUGGGAAAAGAUUUACUCAGAAUUCACAGCUUCAUUCUCAUCAAAGAGUGCACACUGGAGAAAAGCCAUACAAAUGUGAUGAGUGUGGGAAGGGCUUCAGCUGGUCCUCAACUCGUCUGACCCAUCAGAGACGCCACAGCAGAGAAACACCUCUCAAAUGUGAGGAGCAUGGGAAGAAGAUUGUACAGAAUUCAUUCUCUAAAGUGCAAGAAAAAGUUCACAGUGUAGAAAAGCCAUACAAAUGUGAGGACUGUGGGAAGGGCUACAACAGGCGCUUGAAUCUUGAUAUGCAUCAGAGGGUCCACAUGGGAGAGAAAACAUGGAAGUGUAGGGAGUGUGAUAUGUGCUUUAGUCAGGCCUCAAGUCUUCAACUUCAUCAGAAUGUUCAUAUUGGAGAAUAACCUUAGUGAUGUGAUGGUGCAAUAAAGUCUUCACUCAGUUUUCACGAAUGCAGUCUCAUCUGAAAGUUCACAAAGGAGAGAAACAUUAAAACAUGAGGCACAUAGUAAGCACUUCCCUUUGAGUACUUUAUCUCUGAAUCCAUGCUGGUGAUAAAUUUCACCCAUUCUUGCAAGAGGGAAAACAUUUGUUUAAGAUAACAUCAGUGCUUCAGCCAUAGCCCAGCGUGCCCCAAGUCUCAGGACCACCAUAAUGGAGAAUCCUUGUAAAUGGUGCAAUAAAGCUUUAUUCAGAAGUUUGAUAA